GAGGUAAAAAUGUGUGGGCCAGUGUAUUUGAGAUGGAUGUACCCAAUGGAACGGUACAUGAAAAUCCUAAAGGGUUAUGUAAGAAACAGAAGCAGGCCAGAGGGUUCAAUUGUUGAAUCCUACAUCGUUGAAGAGGCUGUAGAAUUUUGUUCAGACUUCUUGUCAAAUGUAGCAACUGUUGGGUCGUGUCUUCCUAGAUUUGAUAAUGAAAUUAGUAAAGGGGGUCGGGGUGUUUCUGUUUGCGACGUAAGUCGAGCUGAUCGAGAGGAAGCACACCGACUCGUUUUGCAAAAUGUUGAUGAGGUUCAACCGUACAUUGAGAAACAUUUUGAUUGGAUCAAGACUACUUAUCCUAGUAAGUCGAGGAACCACAAAUGGGUGCAAGAUGAACAUUAUCGAAAUUUUAGUACAUGGUUGCAAGAAAAGGUAUUAUGCAAUACCGAGUGAUUUGAAAUUGGUAUGUUUUUCAUAAUCAUUUCAUGUAACUACUAAUUAAUUUGAUUUAUGCUAGGUGAUUGUGGAAAUGAGUGACUCCCCGAACAAUGUAUCUCAGUUGCUACUUUCGAUAUCGCAUUUUCCUUCAUUUACUGUACUAAAGUAUCAAUCAUACUACAUAAAUAGUACUCAAUUUAACACGAAAGAUCGUGAUGCUUCUAGAAAAACACAAAAUAGUGGUGUCAUGAUUGUUGCUAGUGCUAUCCAAGUAGCUAGUUCAAAAGACAAAAACCCUAUUGAAUGUGAUAUGACCUUUUAUGGUGUAAUCAAAGAAAUUUGGGAAUUAGAUUACAUUAGCUUUCGAAUCCCUGUUUUUCUUUGUGAUUGGGUGAGGAGUGAUAAUGGAGUUAAAGAAGAUGAGUUUGGAUUCAAGCUAGUGGACUUGAAUCGAGUAGGACACAAGUCUGAUCGAUUUAUAAUGGCAUCCCAGGCAAAACAAGUAUUUUAUAUGAGUGACCCAAUAGAUGGUCGCUGGUCAGUUGUU